UCUUUCUUGUUUCCAGCGAGCCAAAAAAUUUCCUGUUUUAAACGGGUGAAGGGAGAGAGGCUAUGGCGGAAAGGGAAGCUUGCAAGGCACGGGAUCGAUUGAUGAUCCAGUUUCUAGGGUUUGCAUGAGGCGCGGCAGCGGCGCGCACGCAAGGGGGCCGUCUCAGCGCGGCGGAGAAAGGCGAGCAGCGCCCGGGAUCGCGGCAUUUUGCGCGCGCCAUCGAGCGGGCGCGGGAUUGAUUCCAGGGCGCACAGUUGCAACGGCAUCCAUCGCGAUGCGGCUCCGGUGAAUUUCCGGUGCUAGGGUUUCGGGGAAUGCAGGCGCGCGCAAUCCGGGGUAGUGAGCAGCAUUGUUCCGUCUUCCAUCCAGGACUGAGAGCUAUGGCUCGUCGCAUGGUUUAGCAGCUUGCUCGCGUUCACGAUGGAGGCAACCGAUGUCAAGACUAGAAGGCCAUCGUCGUUCAGUGCCAAUACUCCGGUUCAUCCAAGAUCAUCCAUGACUGGCCUGAGCUCCAGCAAUAGCACUCCUGUCCAUCCCAGAGCGACUGGAGCAGCUAAUGGACAUGAUUACGACAGCGACGGCAGCGACCUUCCUGCGACUCCCAGAACGAUUUCAAGCACCUUAGUUCCUGAUUUGGUCGGAGCCAUUCCCAUACUUGACAAGUUCCAGGUAGAUGCAUUUAUCAAGCUGAUGCGAAAGCAGCUACAAUCGGGUGGCAAACGUGGAUUUUUCACCAAAAAAUCGGUGGUCCCUCAAGGCCGGGAAAGCUAUUCCGUGGAAGACAUGCUUUGUUUUCAAAAGGAACCAAUACCGACAUCUCUUCUCAGAAUAAACGCAGAUCUUGUUAGCCGUGCUGUCAAGCUGUUUCAAGCUAUUCUCAAGUACAUGGGCAUCGAUGCCCAAACGCCGAGUCCGUUAAAUUCUCAAGACCAAUUGGCGAUUGUUUUGAAGAUCUAUAAGCAUACCUUGAAACGCGUUGAACUGAGGGAUGAGGUGUUUGCCCAGAUUUCGAAGCAAACGCGCAACAAUCCUGACAGACCUUUGCUACUAAAGGCUUGGGAGCUGUUAUAUUUGUGCGCCUCUGCAAUGCCGCCUGGGAAAGACUUUGCAGCAUACUUAUCAGAGUACGUGCAUGAUGUGGCCAGCUCUCAAAACAGUGAUGCAGAAAUUCAGGCAUUGGCUUUGAAGACUUGGAAUGCAUUAAAAAGAACAGCCAAAGCAGGGCCACGACGGACAAUUCCUGCACAGGAAGAGGUUGAAGCUCUCCUAGGUGGACGGAAGCUGAAGACAAUUGCGUUUUUCCUAGACGAAACGUUUGAAGGGAUUACGUAUGACAUGUCCACAACCGUCAUGGAUGCUGUCGAGGAAUUGGCGGGAAUUAUCAAGUUAUCUGCGUACAGCUCAUUCAGUCUAUUUGAAUGCAGGCGUGUUCUAGUAGGAACGAAAGCUGUUGACAGUGGGAAUGAUGAGCAUCUUGGGCUUGAUGAAAAUAAAUAUAUUGGAGAUAUUGUUGCGGAGUUCAAAGCAAUCAAGGAACGCAACAAAGGAGAACUACUUCAAUGCAAGCUUCUCUUUAAGAAACGCUUGUUUCGGGAAUCGGACGAGGCUAUUACUGACCCAAUGUUUGUACAGCUGUCGUAUGUUCAGUCACAACAUGAUUAUCUCCUUGGAAACUAUCCUGUCGGUAGAGAUGAUGCAGCGCAGUUGGCUGCUCUAGAAGUGAUUGCUGAUAUUGGCCCUGCGAACGAAGCUGAACCUAUAAUGGACUGGUCAGCCCUAGUCGAUCGCUAUCUGCCAAAACAAGUUGCCAUCACAAGGGCGAGACAUGAUUGGGAUUCUGACAUUUUUGCGCGGUACAAAGCGAUGGGUCAUUUAUCGAAAGAUGAUGCAAGACAACAAUUGCUACGUAUUUUACGAUCCUUGCCAUAUGGCCAAUCCAUAUUUUUCAACGUCCGGAAGAUAGAAGAUCCGAUUGGUCUUCUUCCCGGAAGAAUUAUCUUAGGGAUAAACAAAAGAGGGGUUCAUUUUUUCCGGCCAGUACCUAAAGAAUAUUUACAUUCGGCUGAGCUGAGAGACAUCAUGCAAUUUGGAAGUAGCAAUACCGCAGUGUUUUUUAAAAUGCGUGUGGCGGGAGUUUUGCACAUUUUUCAGUUUGAAACUAAACAGGGCGAAGAAAUAUGCGUGGCUCUCCAGACACACAUAAACGAUGUGAUGCUGCGGAGAUAUUCAAGAACGCGUUCUGUUGCUAACGGAGCCAUACAAAGCAACGGGGAAUCUGCCGUGCCAAACUUUAAGCCUCCCGGAAUCGAGGUUUAUGAGAAACAUGUGCAGGAUAUGUCAAGGCUUUUGGAUGAAUCCCAGAAGAAAGCAGACCAGCUUGCUGGAGAGUUAAGGGAGAAAGACAAGAGGCAAACAUCAUUGCUAGAAGAAUUGGAGGGCUUCAAGGACAGACUCCGAGCUGAACAACAAACAGUUACUGAUAUAACACAAGAGAGAGAAAAGCUGCGGAAGGCUGUUGAGGAGAAGGAAACCGCACUACAGGCCGCUCUUGCGGAAAAAUCUGCGGAUGAUGAGCAUGGUCGCGAGGAGGCAGCUCCGACAAAGAAAGGCAUUCUAAGAGGUUCUAUUGGAAGAAGGGACAGGGACCUGCCAUUUGCCGAGAAAGCAUCUAGUGCACUGGAAGCACAGGUCAAGGACUUGAGAAAUGAACUGAAGUCGAAAAGCGAGGAGGCCAGGCUGGCGGAAGAGAGGAACAAAAAGCUGAUGAAUGAGAAGCAGUUACUUGAACAAAAAGUUUCCCGUGUCGAAAAACUGAAAGGCGAAGAAACUAAGGUCCUCGAGAAAAAGUUCGAAGAAGAGCGGAGCAUGCUCAGAGUGCGGAUAUCGGAGUUGGAGAAAAAGCUGAAUGAAAGGACUCAGGAGAUAAGUGUUGCAGAAGCAGCGCUCAGCUUGCGGACUUCUGAGCUGGAAGCUAUGCAAUGUAGCAUGAAAGAGCUCGAAGAGUUGAGGGAAAUUAAAGAGGAUAUCGAUAGAAAGAAUGCCCAGACAGCUGAACUAUUAAGAAGACAAGCUGAUCAGCUCGCUGAACUAGAAUCCCAUUACAAAGAAGAACAGAUAUUGAGAAAGCGAUACUUCAAUAUGAUGGAAGAUAUGAAAGGAAAAAUUCGAGUAUACUGUAGAUCGCGCCCACUUGUUGAGAAAGAGCUGAACGAGAACCAGAAAGCAGUGAUCAUAUCUGCAGAUGAAUUCACUGUCGAACACAUAUGGAAGGAUGACAAGACAAAGCAGUUUCAGUUUGAUCAUGUUUUUGACGAGCAUGCAUCUCAAGAUGCUAUCUUCGAAGACACCAAGUAUUUGGUGCAAUCGGCAGUCGACGGAUACAACGUGUGCAUUUUCGCUUAUGGUCAAACUGGGUCCGGCAAAACAUUUACAAUAUAUGGUCCGGAAAAUAAUCCUGGGCUCACGCCGAGAGCCACGCGGGAAUUAUUCAGCAUCAUAAAGCGGGACAGAAACAAGUUCACAGUAUCUCUGAAGGUAUACAUGCUUGAGCUCUACCAGGACAAUCUUUUCGAUCUUCUUUUGCUUCGGAAUGCCAAGCGGCAAAAACUUGAAAUCAAGAAGGAUUCUAAGGGUAUGGUCGUUGUCGAGAACGUUACGCUAAUACCCGUGUCGACAAGAGAAGAGCUUGACAACCUUAUUCAAAAGGGGCUGGAGAAACGACAUACUUCUGGAACCCAGAUGAAUGCCGAGAGCUCCAGAUCGCACUUGGUCCUGUCAAUAAUAAUUGAAAGCACGAACAUGCAAACGCAGAACGUGGUCAAAGGAAAGCUGAGCUUCGUGGAUUUGGCUGGAUCGGAGAGAAUAAAAAAGUCUGGAUCAACCGGAGAGCAAUUGAAGGAGGCCCAGAGCAUAAACAAGUCCCUCUCGGCGCUAGGCGACGUGAUCAGCGCACUGGCCACGGAAGAGCAGCACAUACCGUACCGGAACCACAAGCUGACGAUGCUCAUGAGCGACUCGCUGGGUGGCAACGCCAAGACGCUCAUGUUUGUCAACGUGUCCCCGGCGGAGUCCAAUCUGGAGGAGACUCACAACUCGCUAUGCUACGCAACGCGCGUGCGGUCAAUUAUCAAUGACCCGACCAAGAACACGAACACGAAGGAGAUCGUGAGGCUCAAGAAGAUGCUGGGAUACUGGAAGGAGCAGGCGGGCAAAAAGGCGGACGAGGACGAGCUGGAAGAGAUCAAAGACGAGCGGACUGGCAAGGAGAAGAUGGAGUCCUCGUAGAGCAGGCAAAGUUUCGGAAGAACACACGGAAAAAGAGAAGAAAAAAAAACGAGAAAAGGAGAGGAAAAGCUACUAAUUCGGUGGUGAUUUUUUUUUGGUCAGUGUAGUGGGCUUUUCGAUCAUGUAAGUAUACAAGUUUUAACAAGAAGACUUUGAGAAGCUUUGUAUUGUAUCAUCUACCAUAUUGUUUGCAAUCAAAUAUUUGCUAUA